UAUCAAGUCUUCUCCUGUCUGAACUUAUCUCGUCCUACUCAGAAGUUGCUGCAUGCAAACGAACGUCAUUUCCUUCAGUUCUGUAUGCUGCAAGCUUCUGCUACUGCUGUGCUCUUCAGUUCCUUCCCAAUUCUAUUAGACUGUUACUAGCUGUGCCACGGUGCUAGCUAUGGAGCUUUUGUUGGUUGAUUUACCCUUCUCUCCCCAAUUGGUCUCAUACUUUGUCAUGAUAUGUGUUAUAGUGGCGGUCUUUUACUGCUUCCUGAAGCAAUUGGCAGAAUUUUCUGAUACAGACCAACAAACAAUUAGGGAUCAAGACGCAAGGACCAAUGAAACAGAACCAAUUCUGCCAAGAAAAAGGGUGGUUUUCUGCUAUGGAACAACCGAAGAGCAGCCUGAGUCAAGCAUGAUUUCAGAAGAUAUGUGCAGUGAGAAGGUCUGCAAAAUAUGCUAUGAUGCACCACGGAGUUGCUUCUUCAUACCUUGCGGCCAUGGUUUUGCCUGUUUUACAUGUGCAAAGAGGAUCGCUGAGGACAAAAACCAGACAUGCCCAAUCUGCCGAAGGCUGAUCCACAGAGUAAGAAGGCUUGUGAAGAGCCCUUAGAUAGAUCAAACAGCAACCUUGUGGGCUGCCAUCUUUAUUAAUAAAGGAGGAGAUUCAAGAAAGUUUUAAAGUUAAGCCCACAAACAA